AUGACAACAGAGAAGAGUCCAGCAGCGGACGCCGACAAUUCGGAGCAGCAGCAAGCCAAGGAGGAGGAAGGAGCUGCUGAAACACAAAAGCAAGAGGCUUCCCUAGAAGAAGGGGCUCAGCAGACAUCGGAGGGACAGCCUGCAGCGGGGCAGAAGCAGAAGGCCUCCAACGGCGAUACGCCCACGCACGAGGAGCACAGCAAGAAGGAACGCCGCACCUCCGAGGGCCGGGGUCUCUCCCGCCUCUUCUCAUCCUUUCUCAGGAGGCCCAAGUCUCAGGUGUCCGAAGAGGACAAAGACACUGAUGCUCCUAAAGAGGCAGGAGGUGACCAGAAAGACGUGGGAUUAGGAGCCAGCCCUGAUGAAGACAUCCUGGUGAAAGCCCCAAUUGCAGCUCCUGAGCCUGAGCUCAAAACCGAUCCAUCACUAGAUCUCCAUUCCUUAAGCAGCGCGGAAACACAGCCUGCACAGGAGGAGAGGAGGGACGACCAGGAGCCGGACAGCAGAGACCUCGGGGGCAAGGAAGGAGGGGAAGCGAAGGAAGAGUGUGCCAAGCCAGAGCCGAAACAAGAGACUCCGGAGACCAAAGCAGACAAGGAUUUGAAAGCUGCUCAGAAAGCAGUAAAAAGACACAGAAACAUGUACUGCAAAGUUGUCUUGUUGGAUGACACCAUUUUUGAGUGUGCCGUGGAUAAACAUGCCAAGGGGCAGGAUCUACUUAAAAAAGUCUGCGACCACCUCAAUCUCCUGGAAGAAGACUACUUUGGUUUGGCCAUAUGGGACACACCGACCUCCAGGACGUGGCUGGAUCCUGCCAAAGAAAUAAAAAGACAGGUUCACGGAGGCCCCUGGGAUUUUACCUUCAAUGUCAAGUUUUAUCCACCGGAUCCCGCGCAGCUGACAGAGGACAUAACCAGGUAUUACUUGUGUCUUCAGCUUAGACAAGACAUCAUUACGGGGCGGCUGCCCUGUUCCUUUGCGACUUUGGCUCUGCUGGGUUCGUACACAGUCCAGUCCGAGUUGGGAGACUACGAUCCCGAUCUACACAGCCCGGAUUAUAUCAGUGAAUUUAAAUUGGCCCCAAACCAGACAAAAGAGCUGGAAGAGAAGGUUAUGGAGCUUCAUAAAACAUACAGAUCGAUGACUCCAGCCCAAGCAGACCUGGAAUUUCUUGAGAAUGCGAAAAAGCUGUCUAUGUAUGGAGUUGACCUUCACCAAGCCAAGGACUUGGAAGGAGUGGAUAUCACUCUGGGAGUCUGUUCCAGUGGCCUUCUUGUUUACAAAGAUAAACUGAGAAUCAACCGCUUCCCUUGGCCCAAAGUCCUGAAGAUUUCCUACAAACGCAGCAGCUUCUUUAUUAAGAUUCGGCCAGGGGAGCAAGAACAAUAUGAAAGUACAAUUGGGUUCAAGCUACCAAGUUACCGGGCAGCGAAGAAGCUGUGGAAAGUGUGUGUUGAACAUCACACGUUUUUCAGGCUGACUUCCACCGAAGCCAUCCCGAAGAGCAGGUUCCUGGCGCUGGGCUCCAAGUUCCGCUACAGCGGCCGGACGCAGGCGCAGACGAGGCAGGCGAGUGCCUUGAUCGACCGACCUGCUCCCCAGUUCGAGCGGACAGCAAGUAAGCGAGCCUCCAGGAGCCUUGAUGGAGCAGUGGCCGUGAUAACCCCCGAGAGGAGUCCCCGUCCCACCUCUGCCCCGGCCAUCGCUCAGAGCCACGCUGCAGAACCAGUCCCAGCUAAGCCCGACGCGAAGGACGUGGUUGCCUCUAAAGUAGAAAAGGAACCAGCGAAACCUGAUGCGAGGCGUGAAGAAAUCCCACCGGAGAGAGCCAAGCCGGAGCCAGCCGACGCAUCAAAGGUGAGGAAAACGCACACUGAGGUCACAGUACCCACCACGAAUGGUGACCAGCCCCAGCAGCCUGCAGAAAAAGAGGAAGAACUGAUAAGAAUGAGGAAGAAAAGAUCAAAGAGGCUAGAUGGUGAAAACAUUUAUAUCAGGCAUAGCAAUUUAAUGUUGGAGGAUCUAGAUAAGACCCAAGAAGAAAUAAAGAAGCAUCACGCCAACAUCAGUGAGUUGAAGAAGAACUUUAUGGAGUCCGUCCCGGAGCCUCGGCCGAGUGAAUGGGACAAACGCUUGUCCACUCACUCCCCUUUCCGAACCCUCAAUGUCAACGGGCAGAUUCCCACGGGAGCGGAUGGACCACCGCUAGUGAAGACACAGACGGUCACCAUCUCCGAUGUGUCCAGCGCCGUCAAAAGCGAAAUUCCCACGAAAGAAGUCCCCAUUGUCCACACGGAGACAAAGACCAUCACCUAUGAAGCUGCACAGACAGAUGGUGGCAAUGGAGAUUUAGACCCUGGCAUCCUGCUGACUGCUCAGACCAUCACUUCGGAAACCACCAGCAGCACCACCACCACACAGAUCACGAAGACUGUAAAAGGUGGCAUUUCAGAGACACGGAUUGAAAAGAGGAUUGUCAUCACGGGAGAUGCAGACGUAGACCACGAUCAGGUCCUAGCGCAGGCGAUAAAGACAGCAAAGGAACAGCACCCGGACAUGUCGGUGACCAAAGUGGUUGUGCACCAGGAGACCGAGAUCGCAGAGGAGUAG